AUGACUUCAGCCUCUUCACCGGGACCAAAACCCACGACGGUAGCAGGAGGCUGCUUAUGCGGCGCCCUCCGCUACGAAGCGACCUUCUCAGACACCCACGACUUCAACGCCAACGCCCAGACGUGCCAAUGCACCCAGUGCCGCAAGCAAUCCGGCGCCCUCUUCGUCGCCUUUCAGCGCGUUCCCUGGCCUAUGAAGUGGACGUCUCUCAAAGGCACAUCAACGCUACGCGAGUUCAGCAUCACACCCAUGGCGAAGCGAGGGUUCUGCACAGAAUGCGGCUCGUGGCUUUACUACCAGAGCGAGGGGGAGGAGUGGGGUAGUAUUUGUCUUGGGACGCUUGACCAGGAGGCUCUCAUCGGGGAAAAGGGUCAGAAGGGAGGGUUUGGUGCGAUACUGGCGAGUGGUUUGGGUGGGCAUGAAUGGUGUGAGAAUGAGAUACCUGGCGUGACGGAUGAUAUUCCCAUGCUGAGGAGGGGACAGAGGAAUCAGCAGAAUGGCAGUGAUGCUGUCGUCGUGAAGGCUAAGCUGUGA